AUGAAGUACCUCGACUACCCCGUGCUCAGUCAGCUCUCUGAUGUGCUGUCAUCCAACCCGGCCCCCGAAUCCCGUGUCAACGCUCGCGUUGAAGCCUACUCGAUCAAGCCUGUCGCCAAAGAGCGCAAGAUGUUCAGAGAGAUGGAGGAGGCCUAUGUGAGCGGCCAAGAGGAGAUGGAAGAAAUGAGCUUCUCUCCCGAAAUGAAAGAGGCCGGGCUCUCGUCGUGUUUCGGUCGCCUUGACGUCAAGGAGUCUCGCAAAGUGCACUUUCUACUGGUGUCGACCCUGAACUCGGCCUUCGACGGCUAUGACUUCUCGGCGCUCCGGCCAGACCAUUUCACUCGCGAGAUUUCCGUUCCACAAGUCCUCACGCAUCUCUCAAGCAACCUCUUGUCUAUCGAUGCUGUCGAUCUGUCACCGAUUUCGACUGUUCAGCCAGGCUCGCUCCCCAACAACUCGGGCUCGUCACCGACGAUCCCACAGGCUGCCCUUGGCGGCCCCCUGAGCUCGUCUCCGACAAGUGCUGAUGUUGGCAACCCAAGUCUUUACCGCAUUCUUAACGACGUCGUUCCUCUCCAAGAGUGUGAAGUCUACUCUUGGUUCCCAGAGCCAGAGUAUGACCCCCAUGUCGACCCGGAGGAGAACGAGGAGGCCAGCGAGUACGAAGACGACGGCGAAGACGAGGGCAUGGAGGACGACUCUAUGGACAUGGAUAUUGACAUUGACGGUGAAGGCCCGUACACAAGCUGGGGCCAAGCUGGGAUCGACCUCGAAAUGGACGGUGUCCCGUCAUCUCCCGGUGUGAGAUCUAGGGCUUCCUUCUCCUCUUCCUCUUCUCGCAUGGAUGACUUUGACCUCGCCAUGGCAAGUCCCCGCCUCGGUGCAGUGGACGAGUAUAGCUCUGGCAGACGUGUCGGCGGUCUCCUGUGGAGUGCCAACUACUUCUUCUACAGCAAACGGCAGAAGCGAGUGCUCUUCAUUACAACAUGGUGCCGCAAGCGGCCGUCUCACGAGUCUGCUACUCCUGUGGACCAAACGGACACUGGCAGCCUUCCUCUGCCCGUCUCAUCCUCGUUUACACCUCCCACGUCGACCUUCCAUGGCUUCACCACGCUCGGGGGAAAGGCUGCACGCCCACCACGUGUCAACCACCACAACAUCAGCAACGCGCGGCCAAACCACCGCCGCAGCAAGCUCACAUCAAAGCUGACCAGUGGCAAGAGCCUGACCUCGUCUACAAUCCCCAUCCGUGGACUGGCCACGUCAGGACCAGUGGCGGCAUCUCGUCUGGCCUCGUCUGCCCCGGCAUCUACAUUCUCCCAACUCGCAAGCCCAGCGUCAAUGGCCCGUAUGAGUGGCAGCGGCGUCCGCCCUCGGCAAACCACCGCCCGCAUGCUCAUCAACGCCGCUGCCGCCUCGCAGCGGCCAGGCGGUAUUGGCGCCUCUCGCCCUCAGUCCGUCGCUGCUGAGGACCCAUCUCGAGUGCGCAAGGAGCGCAGCGGUAGCCUGACGCCUGGUCCUUCACACGCAUUCGGUAUCGUCGACACUGUGGUGGGCUCGAAUGUGGUUGGCGACGCUUCCAAGGGCAAGCGGGUCAAGGUGUAA